AGUCAUUUUUUCUUGCGCAUGCGUAGACGUGUUGGUGACAAGCUACCUUUAGUGAAGUAGAUUGGUCGAUCUCUCCUUGUAACCUUUAACUUACUGCCUGAUUUUAAGUCAGUAAGUUAGUCUUUUGUGCCCAUCUUUCGUUAUUUCACAAUGCUACAGUUCCUGGCUGGUUUUACCUUGGGAAAUGUUGUGGGGAUGUACCUGGCUCAAAACUAUGAUGUUCCCAACAUAGCCAAGAAAAUUGAAGCCUUUAAAAAAGAUGUGGAGGCCAAGAAGAAGCCCCCAGAGUGAGCACAGUGGGACCAUGUUGCAAGCAAGAAGAGAUGGACUUUGGAGAGAAACUAUUUAUUUUACAGGGUUAUAACAAGCAUACGUUUGAUAAUGUAAAAUAUGAGUGAGGAUAUCAACAGUGCCUGAAAGCAUAUUUGUUUCUUUCAUUAGUUUUAUGGGCAUCUUCUCAUUGUAGCCUAUUUUUAUAAGGUAAACUGUGCAAAGACUGGAUUUAAAGAAUAUUACUAUUAACCGUUGGGAUCACUUUAAAGUACAGUAUGAUGGCACUAUUGGCUUCGCUUUUCCCGGAUGCUGUGUUUGAAAUUACAAAUGAUGUUCAUUAUCUCCACUUUAGGUGUAUAUAAUGUUCCAAACUGAAUAUUAGUAGAACAUGCAAUUCUGUGACAUAUUGCAUAAAGUUGAAACAUUUUCCUACGCAAGCUUCCUAUGUAUCCUAAACAAUUGCCAAACUUUUUAUGACAUUGGUGCGAAACACAAUUCUGAAUCAUUCAGCUUACAAUAAAGUUGUUAAUAAUGAAUUUUAAAA